AUUUUCAGGAAUUUCAAUGCCUACUCAGGAAGCUGAUUUGGUUGCGCAUUUGUUGGCGGAUAAUCGUAAACUUCGGCAGCUUUAUCUGACUGAACAGCGGAAAGCAUUGACGGAACGGAAACGACGGAUUGCUGCAGAGGCAAGACUUGCUGCCCUUCUUAGUAAAGAAGUUAUCGAAAAAGGGGAGCGAAAUUCAUUACACUGCUCACGUCUGGACCAUGAUUUCUCUGUUGUCGACAAAACACACAAAGGUUUGUUGGAAAACAGCGGAAAUCUUAAUUUUAUCGAUUCUUCGCGUGAAGGCCAUACUGCCUUGUUAGUUAUGAAUAAAACCAGAAAAUACCAAGAAAAAAACAUUUCUACUUCCGAAAAUCUUAUCGGGUGUAUGGCCAGCUCAGUUCGUAGUGUGCAAAAUGUAAAUACUGCUGGAAAUGAUGGCAAAGCCAAUUUAUCGCAUUCCUUGUUGUCUGAUGAGCAGUCUUCUGAUCCAAUAAGCAAUAAAACAAACAAUGCAGAAUUAUCUUUCACUAUUAGAUUACCACAAAGCAAUUUUGAGAUACCAGGAUCGACAGAACUUAGUAGAUUUUGGUUAUUUAUUGACAGAAAUGGAGAGACGAAAUCAUCGGUACCUCCACCACUUAAUCAGAUACAACAAAAACAAAAGGAAGCAUUCAUAAGACGAAGUACCGAACGUCAAAUUCUUAUUCAAGAAGCAUCAAUGUGCCGUAAAGAACUUGCAGCUGCAAAACGUAAAGUUGCAAAACAAUUACUUGCUGGACAUACAGUAAAUCGAAAUGCUGUCCAAGUGCUUAAAUUAAUGGAUCGGGAAAUUCGCGCAUUCCCGCCGCAGGUGAUGGAGCACGAAACCAUCAGACGCAUUUGUAAAACCAGAGAAUUUCAAGAGAAAAAAAGCGACGGCGCGAAGAGUAUAACGCGCAUAUCAAUCGUCUGCUAGCAUAUUGUUAUAGCCAGGUGCCUUAUAGGUUUCACCGAAAGUACUAAUAUCGAAAAUUCAUGAAGACAAAUAUAGAUUAGAAUUGUUCCGCUUUAACGAUUUUUCUUUAACUUCGGACUUUUUUAUAUUGAAGUCGGCUUCUCACAUAAUUUCACUCCAUCGUUUUGUGAUUGCUCCUUAGGCAGUUUGAGGUUCUGUUUUCCUCUAGUUUGUAUAUUGUUAAGUGGAGCUCAAUUGUAACUUCUCUCAAUUUGCUGGAGACUUUCACGCAUUGAUAUUGAACUCAUUUUGAGUAAUGGUCGUAUUCUGGAAUUUUCAUUUGUUGCUGUAUAAGCCUCGGUAUGUAAUCUUACUAACUUUGUAUAUUUUGAUUUAAUCAAUUUUGAAUGCUUGUGUAUGGGUGGAAAAUAAAUACAUUGUGCCGC